GGUAAAGAGAAGGGGUCCUUCUUGACCUGAUCUCCAUUGCCAGUCUGUAAUAUACUCAAUACACUCUUUUCUCCUUUAUUUAUAUGAUGAUAAUGACUAUAUACAACACAUAUUAUGUACUAAACCUUCACCCUUGUAUCUCAUUCAUACACAUCACCUUUUCCUUGUUUGGACCAUCUUGAAUCAUGAGUCUUUUUGGCCUUGGAAACAGAAAUCAGAAGACUUUUCGUCCUAAAAAGAGUGCUCCAUCAGGAAGCAAGGGUGCACAACUUAAGAAACACAUUGAUGCUACUUUGGGCAGUGGGAACUUGAGGGAAGCAGUGCGGCUACCCCCUGGAGAAGAUCUUCACGAGUGGCUGGCUGUAAAUACUGUUGACUUUUUCAACCAAGUGAAUAUAUUGUAUGCCACUCUCACAGAAUUCUGCACCCCGUCGAGCUGUCCGACAAUGUCUGCAGGGCCAAAGUACGAGUAUCGUUGGGCCGACGGAGUUAAUAUAAAGAGACCCAUAGAAGUUUCUGCUCCAAAAUAUGUGGAUUAUUUGAUGGGUUGGAUAGAAACUCAGCUAGAUGAUGAAUCAAUUUUUCCACAAAAUUUGGGUGCGCCAUUUCCGUCUAACUUUCAGGAUGUUGUGAAGACAAUAUUCAAGCGAUUAUUUCGUGUAUAUGCUCAUAUCUAUCAUUCACAUUUCCAAAAGAUUAUCAGUCUAAAGGAAGAAGCUCAUAUGAAUACUUGCUUUAAGCACUUUGUUCUGUUCACAUGGGAGUUCCGCUUAAUUGACAAGGCAGAGCUUGCACCUCUCUAUGAACUCGUCGAGUCUAUACUGCAGCUUUAGUGCCAUGUUGUAAUUCAAUUCAUUUUCUACAAAAAAAAAAAAUUCUUUCAUGAUUCAUUGAUUAGUUUGCAUGGAGAGAAGAUGGUUUUGAUGAUGGACGGGGAAACCCCAAAGAGUGUGGGAAGUCAACUGUUCGAGUAUUUACCCAUUUAUAAGAACUUUCAUGGCUUGAUAUUGAAUUGUAACACCUUUUGCUAGGAUUCUGUAAUUGAAGAAACUACUUUAAUAUGGUGUGCGUAUUACUGUAAAAAAAUGCCAUAUUUUAGCUCAAAGACUUUAUUUGAGGAAA